AAUAACAGGAAAUAGUAGGUUACGUCCAAUUUGCCUGACUGUAAACAAGCUCAUUAAAUUGUGAGCUAAAUGGUGUGUACGUUUAUUUAUUUUUUAAAUCAUAGUUACAUAAAUUCUAAGCGCGCCGUGAUCUGACAGUUCGGCACAUUCACCACCAACUUAGUGUAAGUGAAUCAAUGGCAUAGCAAUGUACCGAGGUAUCAUAUGUCAUUGGCCAGUUUGCAAUUGCUUAAUGUAGGGAAGUGAACACGACUUCCUCCUUCUCUGUCCUAUGGCUCUACGAGUGCUUGCUUACUCGGUGAGCCAGGAAGAAAUGUGGCGAUUUGAACAGAAAAGGGUCUUGUAGAUGCCGUGUUAUUACUUCAGUCUGCAAAUAAAACUUUGCGUGUGGUGACAAUCCAUUUUACUUUUGCGGACUAUUUAGCCAUUUGCUCAGCAGCGCGCAGCAGUGAAAUACAAUGGCAGCAACCAAGCCUUCUCAGAACCAAGUUUAUGGAACGAUAUAACGGGGAGGCCUGAUAACUUCUUAAAACUUGUGGGCGACAGCAUUUUAAGGCUUGAAAAUGAAGAAGCAAUUUAAUCGAAUGAAACAGCUCGCCAACCAAACGGUUGGAAGAGCUGAGAAAACUGAGGUCCUGAGUGAUGAUCUUCUCCAGAUUGAACGUCGGAUGGAGGCGGUGCGAUUCGUCUCACACAAUGUCCACAAGAAGAUGCUGGGCUGCCUUCAGGGUCAGGUUGGGGCCGACUUGGACAAAAGACAUAAAAAGCUUCCCCUCACUGCCCUGGCACAGGCCAUGAAGGAUGGGAGCAGCCACCUGAGCGAUGAGUCUCUGAUUGGUAAGAUGAUGGACCUCUGCGGAGAGGCUGAAGACAAACUAGCAUAUGAUCAGAGUCAACAUGAAGUGCAGAUUCAGAGAGACCUCCUGGAUCCUCUAAACCAGCUUGCAGAGGUGGACAUUCCCAACAUAAUGAAGCAUAAAAGGCAGCUAGCCAAGCUGGUUUUGGACUAUGACUCUGCUAAAGCCCGGUACUAUCAGGCCUCAAAGUCGGUGGGAAACCAGGCCUUGGCUGCAAAGGCAGACUCCCUCAAGGAUGAGAUGGAUGAGGCCCUUAACAAAGUGGAGAUAUGCAAGGAUCAGCUGUCUGCAGACAUGUACAACUUUUUCUCAAAGGAAGGGGAUUAUGCCCGCUACUAUGUCAUGUUGCUAGAGGCGCAGGCUGACUACCACAGGCGAUCACUGGCCAUUAUUGAAAACGUCCUGCCAAACAUACAGUCCCAGCAAGACUCAUGGACGGAGCAGCCGGCGUUCGGCUCCCCCCUGGAGGACCACCUGAAGCGCAGCAGCAGGGACAUCGCACUUCCUGUCGAGGCCUGUGUGAUGAUGCUCCUGGAAACAGGGAUGAAGGAGGAGGGACUCUUCCGGAUCGCAGCGGGGGCCUCCAAACUCAAGAAGCUGAAGGCAGCGCUGGACUGUUCCACCUCCCAGCUGGAGGACUUCUACUCUGACCCCCAUGCUGUGGCUGGAGCCUUGAAGUCUUACCUGAGGGAGCUGCCUGAGCCACUCAUGACCUUUCACCUCUAUGAUGAAUGGACUCAAGCCUCAAGUGUGCCAGACUCAGACAAACGACUCCAGGCGUUAUGGGUGACCUGUGAUAAAAUGCCAAAGCACAACCAUGACAACUUUAGGUAUUUGAUCAAAUUUCUGGCUAAGCUUGCUCAGGAGAGUGAUGUGAACAAGAUGACUCCUAGCAACAUCGCCAUAGUGCUGGGACCCAACCUCCUUUGGGCCAGAACAGAAGGAUCUCUGGCUGAGAUGGCAGCUGCAACCUCGGUCCAUGUGGUAACCAUCAUCGAGCCUAUCAUUCAACAUGCCGACUGGUUUUUCCCUGAUGAUGUGGACUUCAACGUGUCGGGCAUGUUCAGCGCGCCCUCGCACCCUGCCAGCCACCCCGGCUCCCCAGGCCCCCUGGACCCCGAGGCAGCGUCCUCCCUGGAGCGUCGGCGGCCAGGCAGCCUGACGGGGCCCCCCGAGGGCAGCGAGAGCCCCCGCAAAGACAGUGUGGGUAGCCGGGAGAGCUUCACCCCCGCCUCCACCCCACAGCCCCAGAGGAAUGGACCACACGGAGGGACCACCCCACAGCCCCAGAGGAAUGGGCCACCCGGAGGGACUUCAGGGCAGUUGAGUUUGGGGCCCCCGGCCUCCGGCUCCAAAGGGCCCAGUCCCCUCUCACACCGCAGAGGCACAAAGAAGCAAGCCCCGGCUCCUCCCAAGCCAUCCCAGGCCAGCAGUCAGGCCCCUCCCCCCUCCUCCACCUCUGCAGCCUUCCCAUCAGUCACUCCCUGCAGACCCGCCCCCAACCCCUCCUCAUCAGGACCCAGCCCCGCCCCUCAGCCUGUGGCCACGCCUCGCCGACAGUCCGGCUCCCAGCCCCCUCUGCAGGCUCCCAACCACCCGCCCCCUCAGCCCCCGCCCGACCCCUCCCCCCCCCACACCCCUACCCCCCCAGGCACCCCUCCCAAUGACGCGGGCCCCCACACCGGCUCCCUCCCCAGGCCUAAACCCACUCCCAGGCCCCGCCCCCGGCCCAGCGUGCCGCCGCCACCAAACCCGCCCACCAAUGGAGUCUGUAACUCGUCCUCCAGGAUCAUCACAGAUGUGUGAUCUACCGCACUGCCUCCAGAAGUGAGGCUCAAUGGCAGGCUAUGGUAAGGAGGACACAAGGGUUCGCUCUGAUUGCCUAGCAACGCUUGCAUGCAUGCUUCAGUGUGAGAGCGAGGUGGAAUGAGAGUGAGUGAAUAUGAGUGUGUAUGAGAGAGAGAAAGAGAGAGAGAAUGAGCGUAAGAGAAAGAAAGGUGCCGGCCUUGCUUUUACUAAUUCUGCCUGCACCUGUGAUAUGUGCGAGCUCACUGCCACAGGCUAUAUAUGGGUGGCUGGUAAGUACCUCAGUACCUGCCUCACUAACAUCCUUCCCCUGCCUGCACUAUAGAGUAUGCACUCUUCAGCCUAUGAGACAAGGGGUGUAUGCAUCAGGACCUGAAUGAUGAUGUUGCCAUGGAUUCUAUGCUUAGAGGCCAUGUUUAAAACCCUUUGAAAGUCUCUCAUCUCGUGAGAAGAUUUGUUUUCCUAAUCCAUGGUCUCUUCAUUGAGAUUCUGUAGGUUUGUCGUAUGCUCUUUCAUUUGACCCUGGGGAACAUUUACUUUCACACGAGUCUAUAGGAACAGCUUUACAUUUGUCAUUAUCAAUCUUUGCCAUUACGACUAUCAGUUCAUUGACAACAUAUGUGUGAUUCUGUGGUCAAUGUAUGCAUUGGCAAGUAUUAUGAUACCCAACAACAUGAUUGAUCUGUCAAAGUAAGUGUUCUCCACCUUUCAGAAUGUAGAGAUUGAAAAGCAGAGACUUGGGCUUGAGGUGGAUUUCAAUCAAGGCAUUUAGUGGCUGAAUUCCAUCCAAUACCAUGGUGGUUAUUCUACUGCUCCAUUACCUGAACGAAACGCCUCCUCUGUGGAACUGGAGGAUGAGAUAUGGCUAGAUGGAGGGCUUGGAAAGGAGGCGUGUGUGUCAGUGGCCUAACUCGUCUCGUUAUGCUCCCACAGAAGGGAAUCUAAAGAUGCUGGGGAGAGCUUUUGUUCCUGAUCUCGCUGUGGACCAGACCAGCCAGAGCCCUCCCUCAGACCCUGAGCCCCAACCAGAAACCACCAUCCUGUGACAGACAUGCCAUCUAGCCAAUCAUUGCGCCCCCCCCCCCCCGCAAUCCCCAUCAGAAAGAACUCAGCCAGUCCCGUGCCGCCCCGACCAUGUAUUCUAUCCCAGCUGGAGCCCUGGGCCUGAAAUGCUGCACUGUACACACACACACACACACACACACACACAUUGAAUUCCACUCCUCUUGCUGAAUGUUGCCAGUGGCGUAUUAACACUUUCAUUAGUGGCACCACUUUGUGUGGUGGUGUAUUUUGCGGUUUGAUUUUUCUAGCCCUGUGCCUUUUUUGUAUGACAUGUUGUAAGUCUGUUGAACAGGAGAGUAAGGGAAAGACAGCUAAGCAAAGCUAACCUGUGAUGAGUCCACUGCACUCUGCUUGUUAGCUCAGCCCCCCAUCCCACUGCUGCACUGUGAACACGCACACACACACACACACACACACUCACACUUCAAUACAUUCCUAUUUAGUACUUGUAAUAAAUGCAUUUUAAGUUUUUGUGAAAUGGUAAAAUCUCCCCAGUGGCCACAUCCAUUAGAGUGAGAUUGUUCUGGUAUUUAGAUAUAGGUUUGAGAAAUAUAGGACAUUUCUGAGCGAUCUGGUAGGUUCCUAAAAGUACACACACCGGGGUAAUAUGAGAAAAAUGAUAUAUCAGAGAUUGUGAAUGUAAUUUUUUCACUUGAAUAUGAAACCAAAAUGUUGGUAUUUGAUUAUAAACUGUGCUCUUUUCUAUGUGUGGUUUUUCUGUUUGUUUGUUUUUCUGUCUUGUGUUUGUGUUCUGUUCAGUUUUGACAUUAUCACGGGAAUCCUCUCAAUUUGGGUUUGGUUUUGAUGAGCUCAAAUAAGACCUGGCCUGAAACGUUGGCUCUCCUUUAAAAUGUGAUACUGAGUAUUAAAAAACAGAAUGUCUCACACCUUCAGCGCUGUUGUCACAUAACUGCUCUUUCGGAUCAUUUCACUCUCCAAAGGUGUUCAUUGUUUUUGUAACCUGCAGCAGUACAUGUUUGUAUGUGUAGUUCAUAUGUUUGAGGACAAUCAACUGUCUGAAUGUCAUAAGCUCUGACAAAGUAGAGAUCAAAGUAUCAGAUAUUUCUGGUGUCCAACAUCUGACGGCCUAUAAUAAGAGUGUGUCAGCAUUUGACAGUGCUAUUACUGCACAUCAUUUUGAAUGCCAAAGAGGUGAUCAGAUGUUUUGUUUUUGCGUACCUUUCUGUCAGUGCACUCCUUCUUGUCUUUUUUGUCGUGGUGACCAGUUAUGGUGACCAAAGCUGUGUAUAUCCAGCCUUCUUCAGAUCUAUGCACAUGUAACCUGUACAAAUGCUUGAAAAGAAAGCCAAUAAAAAAAUCAAGUAAUCACUGCUUAGUUUUUACUAAAUAAAAAUGUUACAAUAUCAUUAUAAAA